UCCACCAUUACAAAUUCUCUUGAAUGCAACUUCUCGCGUUCUUCGUCUUUCCCUGUAAAAGAACAAUCUUUGUCCCUUCUUAUUCCACGCUGGCCGCCAUGGCUUCUCCCUCUUCCUCCUCUCUCCUGAGCCUCGGUUCCAUUGCUGAGCCCCUUGAAACGAGCUUGCUUAUCUCCCCCAUUCCGCAUAAACCUAACCCUGAUCCUGACUCAGAACGCAUUUCCCUUUCCCCGGCCACCGACGAUGAAAUCUUCUUAGCCGAAUACCGCCGCCUUGCCCGCAUCUUCGCAACUGGCUGUACUGAGAGGUUUCCCAUCUUCAUCCCUAUUGGAUCCUCCUCUUCCACCUCUGCCGUCGCAGCUCCAGACGCGCACUUAGCUUCCCUACAGUUCGCCUCGUGCAUGGUCGUCAAGAAGAAGAAGAAGAAGAAGAAGCAGAAGAAGGAUCGGUCGGCUGAGAUGGUAAGGAUUUCCUCACCAAGUGAGCAGGAGCAAAUUAAUUUCCGCGACAUCAUCCGCCGGGCUCGGACCACGUUCGAGUCACUUAGGUUGCUCAUCAUUCAAGAUGAGGUGAGGAGGGAAAGUCUCGGGGUGUUAGAGAAGCGAAGCCGCGCUGAUCUCAAGGCGGCGGCUUUCAUGUCAAAACGUGGUCUUUGGCUCAACCGCGACAAGCGUAUUAUUGGCUCCAUUCCGGGGAUAUGCAUUGGAGAUGUCUAUUUCUUCAGGGCGGAGCUCUGUGUCAUUGGCUUGCAUGGCCAUCUCCAAGCAGGAAUUGACUAUGUAUCGGCUGGUCGGAGCAGCAGCGGCGAGCCAAUAGCCACCAGCAUAAUAGUAUCAGGUGGUUAUGAAGAUGAUGAAGAUCGUGGAGAUGUGCUAAUAUAUACCGGCCAUGGUGGUUUGAACCGAAAUCAACAUAAGAUGUACGCUAGCCAGAAGCUUGAGGGAGGAAACUUGGCUCUUGAGAGAAGUAUGAAGUAUGGGAUUGAGAUUCGAGUGAUUAGAGGAAUGAAGAUCAAUAAUGGCCCUAAUGGUAUGGUUUACGUGUAUGAUGGACUUUACAGGGCUGUCAAUUGUUGGACCGAUAUUGGGAAGUCUGGCUUUGAAGUGUACAAAUACAAGCUUUUGAGAAUUGAGGGGCAAGAAGAGAUGGGAAGUGCAAUGUUUAAACUUGCGGCAAGCUUAAAAUUGGGUUCAUUGAGUGUGAGAAAGAGUUUCUAUUUCUGCAAUGACAUAUCAAUGGGGAGGGAGAGUUUCCCCGUUUCGCUGUACAAUGACCUCGAUGAUGAUAAGGAUCCUUUGCAAUUUCAAUACUCUCACCAUCCAAUUUAUCCUCCAGCCAUCCUGGAGAAGGUUCAUGGUGAUGGCAUACAUGGUUGUGAGUGUGAGACCAAAUGCUCGGCUGAAUGCUAUUGUGCGACUCUAAAUGGGGGUGAAUUUGCUUAUGAUGCAAGUGGAGUUCUUUUGAGAGGGAAACCAUUGAUAUAUGAGUGUGGCACUGCAUGCCGAUGUCAGCUGAAUUGUCCAAACCGAGUGAGCCAGAAGGGGAUCAGGCGACGAUUGGAGGUGUUUAGGUCCAAUGAGACCGAAUGGGGUGUUCGGUCAUGGGAUUUUAUUCAAGCAGGGACUUUCAUCUGUGAGUUUAGUGGGAUUGUCCUCACAAAACAACAAGCAGAACUAUUAUCUGUUGCUAGUAGAAGUCUGGUGCAACCUAAUCGCUUUCCUAGAAGAUGGGUUGAAUGGGGAGACAUAUCUGACGUUUUUUCAGAUUACAUGCCAUCUACAUAUCCUUAUUUGCCAGAGUUGAACUUCUCACUUGAUGUUUCAAGGGCAAGGAAUGUUGCUUGUUAUUUCAGCCAUAGUUGUAGUCCAAAUGUUUUUAUGCAGUUUGUUUUAUAUGAUCACUAUAAUCUGUCAUAUCCUCAUCUUAUGGUAUUUGCAUUGGAAAAUAUACCCCCUUUGAGAGAGCUGAGCAUUGAUUAUGGUGUCAUAGAUGAAUGGUCAUCGAAGUUGACAGUUUAGCCCUUUGAAUUGCCACUUCUGUGCAUAUCAUAGAGCUAUUUUGUGUGGAUAAGCUCGUUCGGUUGCACAUCCUCAGCAGGUAAUGAGUAUGUUAAUGCAUAAUGGAAAAUGAGGAAGGUUUUUGAGCUAUAGGCUAUAAAAAAGAUGAGCCCCUUAAGCAAUAUGUAUACCAGCCAAGGUGUUUGAGCGGUUCUGUAUGGAUAUCCUGAACCCUGUAAUAUGUACAGUCUGUAUAUGUAUUUUCAGUCAUCUUUGAAUUAUCAGAUGGGAGA